GACCUUUUUAUUUAUUAUUUUUUUCAAUGGAUUUCUUUCUCUUUUUUUGAACAUGAGGUGUUCCCUCGUGAAGCCGAGCAGGGGGAGCACCGCCGCCACCCCUCCGGCGUGCGUGCGUGCGCGCGCGUGCGAGCCGGUGGGCGGAGUCUCCCCGUCCUCAAGUCUUCCGUCCGCUGCGACGCGCCGCUCCUUUCACUUGCUUCCCCCUCGGAACCAGAACCGGAGCCAGAAGAAGCCGCCAUCCAUCUGGACCAUGGCCGCCACCACGUGCACGCGCUUCACCGACGACUAUCAGCUGUACGAGGAGCUGGGCAAGGGAGCGUUUUCAGUGGUGCGCCGCUGCGUCAACGUCUGCUCGGGACAAGAGUACGCCGCCAAGAUCAUCAACACCAAGAAGUUGUCGGCCAGAGACCACCAGAAGCUGGAGCGCGAGGCCAGGAUCUGCCGGCUGCUCAAACAUUCCAACAUCGUCCGUCUCCAUGACAACAUCUCGGAGGAGGGCUUCCACUACCUCCUUUUUGAUCUGGUGACAGGAGGCGAGCUCUUCGAGGACAUCGUGGCGAGGGAGUACUACAGCGAGGCAGACGCCAGCCAUUGCCUCCAGCAGAUCCUGGAGGCGGUGCUUCACUGCCAUCAGAUGGGCGUGGUCCACCGAGACCUCAAGCCGGAGAAUCUCCUGCUGGCCAGCAAGUGUAAGAACGCGGCGGUGAAGCUGGCCGACUUCGGACUGGCCAUCGAGGUCCAAGGAGAGCAGCAGGCCUGGUUCGGCUUUGCGGGCACGCCCGGGUAUUUGUCUCCCGAGGUUCUCCGGAAGGAAGCGUACGGAAAGCCGGUCGACACGUGGGCCUGCGGCGUGAUCCUCUACAUCCUCCUGGUGGGCUACCCUCCCUUCUGGGACGAAGACCAGCACAAACUCUACCAGCAGAUCAAAGCCGGAGCAUACGACUUCCCGUCACCGGAGUGGGACACGGUGACGCCCGAAGCCAAAAAUCUGAUCAACCAGAUGUUGACCAUCAAUCCCGCCAAGAGGAUCACGGCCCAGGAGGCCCUCAAGCACCCGUGGGUCUGCCAACGCGGCACGGUGGCGUCCAUGAUGCACCGGCAGGAGACGGUGGACUGCUUGAAGAAGUUCAACGCCAGGAGGAAGCUCAAGGGCGCCAUCCUGACCACCAUGCUGGUCUCCAGGAACUUCUCGGUUGGCCGCCAGACGACGGCGCCGGCGUCCGUCGGCGGCGCGACGGGAAGUGGCGCCGGCAUCGCGGAACAAGCAGCCAGAAGCCUCCUCAACAAGAAGACCGACGUCAAGAACAGCAGCAGCGGCGGCGGCAGGAACAACAACAACAACAACACAAACACAGUCAGCAGCACCAAAGUCAACAGCUCGGUCACGUCUGCUGCACUGGAGCCUCAGACUACCGUAAUCCAUAAUCCGGUAGACGGGAUCAAGGAAUCAUCAGACAGCAGCAACGCAACAAUCGAGGAUGAAGACGUGAAAGCUCGCAAGCAGGAGAUCAUCAAGAUCACGGAGCAGCUCAUCGAAGCCGUCAACAACGGCGACUUCGAGGCCUACGCGAAGAUUUGCGACCCGGGCCUGACGUCCUUCGAGCCCGAGGGUCUCGGCAACCUGGUGGAGGGGAUGGACUUCCACCGCUUCUACUUUGACAACCUGCUGUCGAAGAACGUGAAGCCGAUCCACACGACCGUCCUCAACCCGCACGUCCACGUGAUCGGCGAGGACGCCGCCUGCGUGGCGUACGUCCGCCUGACGCAGUUCGUGGACGCCGGCGGUCGCCCGCGCUCCAGCCAAUCGGAGGAGACCAGGGUGUGGCAGCGCCGCGACGGACGCUGGCAGAACGUCCACUUCCACUGCUCCGGAGCGCACGCCGCGCCGCUGCGCGCCUGAGGGUCGCAUUUCGGAGACUGAGGCAGCGCGUCGCCGGGACCGCCGCCCCUGGGGACCCCCGCCCGACUUCUUCUCUCGGCCGUGACGCCAC